UCCGGCGCAGGGCACGCUGGGAUAGCAUCCGGGUCCCCCGCUGAGGUGAGGGGUGUGCGUCUGCCGAGGCUCCGUGCCCUGCCGGUGUUUCUCUCCCAGGCGGCAGCCCCCUCUCUCUCCGACCGGCGCCAUGGCGAUGCAAGCGGCCAAGCGAGCCAACAUUCGGCUGCCUCCAGAAGUCAAUCGGAUACUGUAUAUUAGGAACCUGCCAUAUAAAAUCACAGCAGAAGAAAUGUACGAUAUUUUUGGGAAAUAUGGGCCUAUUCGACAAAUCAGAGUUGGAAACACUCCUGAAACUAGAGGAACGGCCUAUGUGGUCUAUGAAGACAUCUUCGACGCCAAAAAUGCUUGUGAUCACCUAUCAGGAUUCAAUGUGUGCAACAGAUACCUUGUUGUUCUGUACUAUAAUGCAAACAGGGCAUUCCAAAAGAUGGACACAAAGAAGAAAGAGGAACAGCUUAAACUUCUCAAGGAAAAAUAUGGAAUUAAUACAGACCCACCAAAAUAAACUGCUCUUUUUGGUAAACUGUUAAGACCUGCCAUUGAAUUCUUGACCUAGACACAGGAAUUCUCAAUUAAGUAUAAUUUUUUCCUUUAAAUUUUAUAAGCUGUAAUUUGAAUCUUUAGAUCUUCACAUUAGAAGUCAAUAAAUGUAAAACACUGGAAGAUCUGCUUUAAGAUUAAAUUCCCAUAAAUAGAGCCGGCUUCUCUGUGUUGUCAGUAACAGUGCAGCGUAACCCCAGUCCUGUUUCUAGCAGUACCUUUUAAGAUGGGGCUAAGAUGCUUGAGCAUUUCGCACCUCCUGAAGUUCCACCCAGCCUCCAGGUGGCAGCAGUUAAUCCAGAGCUGAAGGGGCUCUGCCUAAGCUGGCUGUAGGCAGGUAAAUUUUAUUUGCUACUUUCUGAAAACAGAGCAUUUCAGUUGGUCUCCCUGUUACAGCGAUUUUUGUGUGCUUUUUAAAGAAGAAUGGAGUAUGGUUUGAUACUUCACACCUGUAUAUUUUACCCAAAUUGUUGUGCCUUUCUCCCUCUAGGAGUGUUUGAACGAACCUCACUUCCUUAUGUGAUCAUUAGGUGGCUGCUUACUAGAAACAAAGCAAGCCCAAGUCCAUGCUUGUAAGUUUCUUUUACAAACUAUGGAAAAUCAUUUGCCUUUUAAAAGAAUCCAACUGUUCAGGUGACUUCAGUCAGAUCAUUCCCAGUGACUGAGACAAAGCUGAUAAGCUGCAGUAAAAUUACCUUCCUCUAAUAGUGCAUCACUGCAGGGUGAUACAGGAAAGUUAUCACAUGUACCAUGUUAGGAGUGGCAGGAAUAAACCUGAUGCCUUUUAAUGUUAAGUAGAAAACACCUGACCAAAACAAGGCAGUAGGUGAAGGUGGUAAUUUUCAAUACCUGUAGUGCAAUUGUUUUCUAAUUGGUGUUUUUGAACUGUAAUAUAUUUCAUGUACAGAAAUUCUUAGAUGUAGCAUCUAGUGGAAGAUAAACAGAUGUAAAUUUUUUGGCUUGUUUUCUUUAGCACUCGCGUCCUAUGAAUAAAAAUUAGUGUGCUACAUGGGUUAUGCAUAACUCUGUAUUUUGGAAGUGGAAAAGAAUCACCUCUACCCCUGUUCUGAACCCGCUGGGAGUUGUGUGAAUGUUGGUAGUAUCCUGCCUCAGGAGAAUUUAUCUGCUUGGAUGUGAUAUUUAACUCCCUGAGCAGACAACUUCCAGCCAGUGCAGAAGAUGGGCAGAUGCAAACAUACUUUGUCUGAGGAUUUGGAAUUUAAGUUAGGGUGGGUUUUUUUUUCAGUGCAUUGGACUGUCAUGAAGGAAUAUUUCUAUUUUCUUGGAUUUUUUUGUUCAUAAUUGUCACUUAAAGAACCAUGCUGGUUUUGGGUCCACUGAGUAAAAAAAUAAAUACUGCCUAC